UUGAUAUGUAUAAACGAGUCUAGAGAGAGAGGGUUGAGUGAAUUUGUCUUUGCAGAGGAUCAGUUUGGUUUCUCUCUCUAGAUCUCCAUCAUCAAUGGGAGGCCCCUCAGUGAAAGAGCAAUUGGGUGAGCUGGACCAGGCUUCCUUUCUCUCUCUACUCUCUAAAAUCAUUGGAGAAGCAAGGCAUGUCCAGAACAACCCACCUGAGCUCAUCCCCAAAGAGGACAGGGUAGCAAGGCAUGUGCUUGAGGUUCUCUCUCCUCUCUCUACUGAGAAUGGUGGCCCUCUGCUUGUGAGGCAUGUGAGCUAUGUGGAGGGGAGGGGGAAUGUGAUUGUUGAGUACCCAGGGACUGAACCAGAUAGGGUUUUCUCAUUUGUGGGGUGCCACAUGGAUGUUGUCACUGCUAAUCCUGAGGAUUGGGACUUUGAUCCUUUCUCUUUGAGCAUCGAUGGCGAUAAAUUACGUGGUCGGGGAACCACUGAUUGUUUGGGGCAUGUAGCUCUUGUGACAAGCCUUAUGCAGAGAUUAGGGCAAGAAAAGCCUAAGCUGAAGUCAACUGUUGUUGCUGUGUUCAUUGCUAAUGAAGAGAAUUCUUCAGUGUUGGGGGUUGGUGUUGAUGCGCUUGUUAAAGAUGGCCUACUUGAUAAGCUCAAAACUGGUCCACUGUUUUGGAUAGAUACAGCUGAUAAACAACCUUGCAUUGGAACUGGAGGAAUGAUUGCAUGGAAACUUCGAUCAACGGGGAAGCUUUUCCAUAGUGGUCUCCCACACAAGGCUGUGAAUCCUCUGGAAUUAGCUAUGGAAGCAUUCAAGGAGAUCCAAUUAAGAUUUUAUAGAGACUUCCCUCCACAUCCUCAAGAAAAGGUUUAUGGGUUUGCCACUCCAUCAACCAUGAAGCCAACACAAUGGAGUUACCCUGGAGGUGGCAUUAAUCAGAUUCCAGCUGAGUGUACAAUUUCAGGGGAUGUCAGGCUGACUCCAUUUUACGACACCACAGAUGUGGUGAAAAGAUUACAGGAAUAUGUUGAUGACAUUAAUAAGAACAUAGAGAAGCUGGACACACGUGGGCCGGUGUCAAAAUACGUCCUGCCUGACGAAAAUCUGAGAGGAAGGCUUACAAUGACUUUCGAUGAGGCAAUAAUGUCUGGGGUUGCUUGUGAUCUGAAUUCUCGUGGCUUUCACGUAUUAUGCAAAGCAACUGAAGAAGUUGUAGGCCAUGUAAAGCCCUACUCAAUUACAGGGAGUCUUCCAUUGAUUCGAGAAUUACAGGAUGAAGGAUUUGAUGUCCAAACUGCAGGAUAUGGGUUGAUGGCCACAUACCAUGCAAAGAAUGAGUACUGCUUGCUCUCAGAUAUGUGCCAAGGUUUCCAAGUUUUUACAAAUAUCAUAACCCAACUGGAAGAUGACAAUUAGUCACCAUGACUUCUACUAAUCAGGACUCUUGAAUAAAUUAUACACGCGUGACUGCUAUUUUCCCUUUGCAGUCAAGAUUGUAAAUGAACUUUGAAAUAAUACCCCUUGUUUAUUUUUGCUUGAUAAGCCUCCCUCUCUCUCUCUGGUUCCCAGUUGUGGUUGUAGAACUGUAAUCAAUCAAUCAGUCUUAAUGAAUCAUGCAUAUGCAAAAGGAAUUGUAAGG